CCUGGGCAAGUCAUGUGCUGAUUUGAUCACAAAGGAGCCUGAGGAAGCCCCUUUCUGCUCCGUGGCCUGCUGAGUGUCCAAAGACCCUUUACUUCACUUUGGUUGGAUUGGAGACUUUUUUGGAGGCGUGCGUCGGAACUGUUUUGGAACAUUUAUUACCUACUAGAUCUGAUCUUUGGAACUUGGAUCUGCUGCAACUCUACACUGAUGUUUGGGGGGUGCACCCCCUCUUUGGGUCAUUCCUAGAUGGAAAUUCAAAGGGCCUGAGUCAGUCCAGAAGGCUGGAUAGUUAGGCAAUGACUAGUAACGACUCUCCCUGCCCGCAGACUGGGCCAGGUCACAUGAAUGGAUACCCUGUUCCCCACUAUGCCUUCUUCUUUCCUCACAUGCUUGGUGGUGUGUCCCCACCAGGGACAUUGCCAGGAGUACAGCACCAGCUACCCCUCAGUGGAUAUAGCACGCCUUCCCCAGCAACAAUCGAGACUCAGAGCACCAGUUCGGAGGAGAUUGUCCCCAGCCCCCCUUCACCACCUCCCCUCCCCAGGAUCUAUAAACCCUGUUUUGUAUGUCAGGACAAGAGCUCUGGUUACCACUAUGGGGUCAGUGCCUGUGAAGGCUGUAAGGGUUUCUUCCGGCGCAGCAUACAGAAAAACAUGGUGUACACAUGUCACCGGGACAAGAACUGCAUUAUAAACAAGGUGACGAGGAACCGGUGCCAGUACUGCCGGUUACAGAAAUGCUUUGAGGUUGGCAUGUCCAAAGAAUCUGUACGGAAUGACCGCAACAAGAAAAAGAAGGAACCCCCAAAGCCUGAGGUCACCGAGAGCUAUGUGCUGAGUCCAGAGACUGAAAAUCUAAUUGAAAGAGUGCGGAAAGCUCACCAGGAAACCUUCCCUUCACUCUGCCAGCUAGGGAAAUACACUACAAAUUUCAGUUCGGAGGAGCGAGUUUCGCUGGACAUCGACCUUUGGGACAAGUUCAGUGAACUCUCCACCAAAUGUAUCAUCAAAACAGUGGAGUUUGCCAAACAGUUGCCGGGAUUCACCACUCUCACCAUCGCAGAUCAAAUCACCCUCCUUAAAGCCGCCUGCCUGGACAUCCUGAUCCUACGAAUUUGCAUACGGUAUACCCCUGACCAGGACACCAUGACUUUCUCAGAUGGUCUCACACUUAAUAGGACGCAGAUGCACAACGCUGGGUUUGGGCCCCUCACGGAUCUAGUCUUUGCCUUCGCCAAUCAGCUGCUACCGCUAGAAAUGGACGACGCAGAGACUGGUCUCCUGAGCGCCAUUUGCCUCAUCUCUGGAGAUCGGCAGGACCUGGAACAGCCAGACAAGGUGGACAAGUUACAGGAGCCUCUACUGGAAGCGCUUAAGAUCUACGUCAGGAGGAGACGACCCAAAAAACCGCACAUGUUCCCCAAAAUGCUGAUGAAGAUCACAGACUUGCGGAGCAUCAGUGCCAAGGGCGCUGAACGUGUGAUUACUCUGAAGAUGGAGAUCCCUGGAUCCAUGCCUCCUCUCAUCCAGGAGAUGCUGGAGAAUUCCGAGGGCCUGGACACCUUAGCAGCUGGAUCUCCUAAACUACUGCCUCCUACCCCUGUCCCCACAGGAAGCUGUAGCCCAAGUCUGUCCCCCAGCUCCACCCACAGCAGUCCCUCUACACACUCGCCCUGACCUUCCAGCAGGCUGUGGGAAUAAGGCAAUGGAGACUCACCAGCGCACUCACUUCAUCCCUCCCUCACUUCCCACCAAGUUCCUCUGGGCUCAUAAUGGAUGAUUCUGUCCUCCCUUGCUUUACCUUUUAUUCUGCACUCGACCUCAACAGCAAAGCAUCACUGUGCUGUAACCUGGUCUGGACUAGUCUCUGCAAGAGUCGGGAUAAGCCAGAGUGGAGAUAGCUGCAUAUCACAUGGACAAGUAUCUGCCUCUCCCCUUCUCUUCUUACAAUUCAACCUGUGCCUCUGGACUUCUCACACCCACUGGAUUGAGAAUAGACUCAAAGCAAAGCCUAAGACUGAGCAAACUCUCGCACUGUGCCGUGUGAUUGUGGAGGGAGGGUGGAGGCGCCAAAGGACUGCGCUCCAACCAGAGAGCUGUGACCAUUGUUCGUCAAACCACUUCACGUUGGGAGGGGGGAGGGGGGAUUGUACUGGGUCAUGUACUCCAUGCACUGCCAUUGCUUGCACCCCAAAAA